UAGAGUUUUCAUGCUCGAACGGAACAGUGUUAUUCGCAAUCCAGCAGUUGUCGCGAUCGGAAGCAAAUCGGAAAAUCUUCUUGGAAUCCUAAUUCACGCAGGCGAAGAAUUUGCUGGUUGUGUUGCGACGACGUCGACGCAUUUCAAUUGGAUUCAGAAAAUAAUUUAUUGAAAUGUUGCCCUUUCGCUUAGGCCUGCUACUUGGCGCUGUGCUUCUCGUAGCAAGCGCAAAUGGAGCCGCCAUCGAGAAAUCGCUAGGGAAUGAAGACGAGAUUUCUGGUCUGACCAACUUGGACAGAGAAAAGAGAAGUGUCAGAGGCUAUUCAAGGGGACAAACGCAGUCUCAGUACUUAAAUUUUGGCAAACCCGAACAGGAUGGAAAGGCCGAGGCGGAGGCCAAUGAAAGUGGAUCUCGCUCAACUGUCUCUGGCACCCACGGAAUGGGUCAGGCUCAGAGUCAGUUCUCAUCGGGAGACUGCAAUGGAUGUGCCGGCUACCAAACGGAUUACCCUUCGUCGGGCAGAAUACUAGAUGCUAGUGGAGCCGGUGGAGUCGGCUUUCCGGGUGCCGGUACUCAAGGCGGAGUGGGUGAACAGCCAGGGUUUGGCGGUCAGUCGGGAUUCGGAGGACAGCCUGGAGGUGGUGGAGCUUACUCACCGGGCUAUGGACAUCUUCCCGCACCUGGGACUGGCGGAACACAACCCGGAGAACUGGGAGUUGGGGGAUAUCCAGGAGUCGCAGGCAAACAGCCCGGAUACGGAGCACAGACCGGAGCUGGAGGAAGCCAGACAGGAAUUGGUGGAGCUCAGCCUGGAUUUGGAACUCGGCCGGGACUUGGCGAACAGGCAGGAACAAGUGGCGGACAGCCUGGAGUAGGCGGUCAGCAAGGAGUAAGUGGCGUGCGUCCUGGGGUUCCUGGAGAAUCUGGACUCGGUGGCGGACAACCCGGAUAUGGUUCUCAACCUGGAGUUGUAGGAUCCCCUGGAUACGGAACACAGCCAGGUAUUGGAGGUAGACAACCGGAAACUGGUGAAGGCCAGACCGGAUAUGGAACUCAGCCGGGAGUUGGAGGACAGGCAGGUAAAAGUGGCGGGCAGCCAGGAGUGAGCGGACAGCAAGGAGUAGGUGGUGCACAGCCCGGAUACGGAACACGUCCCAGAGAAUCAGGACUCAGUAGCGGACAACCCGGAUAUGGAACUCAGCCAGGAGUAGGCGGGCAGACUGGAGUUGGUGGAGCUCAACCCGGAUACGGAGUUGGUGGAAGUGGUGGAUCGCCCGGAUAUGGAACUCAGCCAGGACUCGAAGUCGGACAACCUGGAUUCGGAGGCCAACCUGGAGUUGACGGUCAAUCAGGAGUAGUUGGCGGACAAUCUGGAUACGGAACUCAGCCAGGAGUUACAGGUCAAACUGGUCUCGAUACCCGCCCUGGGCUUACUGGCGAAUCAUUAAUCGGUGGAGGACAACCGAUGCUAGGCGGAACGCCUGGCUAUUCUACUCAACCCGGUUUUACUGGGCAGACAGGAGUCGGAGAUGGACAUUCAGGACAUGGACCUCAAGGUGGAGUUGGAGGAACAGAGACAGGAGCUGGAGGAGGUCAACCUGGAAUUGGUGGGUCUCAACCUGGAUAUGGAACUCAGCCUGGAGUUGGAGGUGGCCAACCAGGCAUUGGAGGAUCUCAAACCGGAUAUGGAACUCAGCCUGGAGUUGGAGGUGGCCAACCAGGCAUUGGAGGAUCUCAAACCGGAUAUGGAACUCAGCCUGGAUACGGAACUCAAUCUGGAGUUGGCGGCACACAGCCAAGAAUGGGAGGAAGCCAAUCAGGAAUUGGUGGCACUCAACCUGGAUAUGGAACUCAGUCUGGAUACGGAACACAACCUGGAGUAGGAGGAAGUCAGCAAGGAGUUGGAGGAGGUCAACCAGGAAUUGGUGGUUCUCAACCUGGAUAUGGAACUCAGCCAGGAUACGGAACCCAACCUGGAGUAGGAGGAAGCCAGCCCGAAGUUGGAGGAAGCCAACCAGGAAUUGGUGGUUCUCAACCUGGAUAUGGAACUCAGCCUGGAUACGGAACCCAACCUGGAGUAGGAGGAAGUCAGCAAGGAGUUGGAGGAGGUCAACCAGGAAUUGGUGGCCUUCAGCCUGGAUAUGGAACUCAACCAGGAUACGGAACACAGCAGGGAGUAGGAGGAAGCCAGCCCGGAGUUGGAGGAAGCCAACCAGGAAUUGGUGGUUCUCAGCCUGGAUAUGGAACUCAGCCUGGAUACGGAACCCAACCUGGAGUAGGAGGAAGUCAGCAAGGAGUUGGAGGAGGUCAACCAGGAAUUGGUGGUUAUCAACCUGGAUACGGAACUCAGCCGGGAGUAGGCGGACAGACAGGCUUGGGUGGCCGACAGCCUGGUUACGGAAGUCAGCCUGGAGUUGGUGGAUCGGCAGGAUACGGAACUCAGCCGGGAAUUGGAGGAAUUGGUGGAUCCCAACCUGGAUAUGGAGCUCAGCCGGGAUACGGAACUCAACCCGGAUACGGUUCUCAACCAGGACUAGGAGGAAGCUUGCAAGGAGUUGGUGGAAGUCAACCAGGAAUUGGUGGAUCUCAAACUGGAUAUGGAAGUCAGCCUGGAUAUGGAGCACAACCUGGAGUAGGAGGAAGUCAGCGUGGAGUUGGAGGAAGCCAACCAGGACUUGGUGGUUCCCAGCCUGGAUAUGUAGGCACCCAGCCUGGAGUUACAGGAAGCCAAACAGGAAUUGGUGGAUCUCAACCUGGAUACGGAAGUCAGUCUGGAUAUGGAGCACAGCCUGGAGUUGGAGGCACCCAGCCAGGAGGUAUAGGAAGCCAAUCAGGAAUUGGUGGUUCCCAACCUGGAGUUGGAUAUGGAACUCAACCUGGAUACGGAGUUGGGGGAAGCCAACCAGGACUUGGUGGUUCCCAGCCUGGAUAUGGAGCUGCACCUGGAUACGGAACACAACCUGGAGUAGGAGGAAGUCAGCCUGGAGUUGGAGGAGGUCAACCAGGAAUUGAUGGCUCUCAACCUGGAUAUGGAACUCAACCAGGAUACGGAACACAGCCCGGAGUUGGAGGAAGUCAGACAGGAGUUGGAGGAAGCCAACCAGGAAUUGGUGGUUCUCAGCCUGGAUAUGGAACUCAGCCUGGAUAUGGAACUCAGCCUGGAUACGGAACACAACCUGGAGUAGGAGGAAGCCAGCCCGGAGUUGGAGGAAGCCAACCAGGAAUUGGUGCAUCUCAACCUGGAUAUGGUACUCAACCAGGAUACGGAACACAGCCAGGAGUAGGAGGAAGCCAGCCCGGAGUUGGAGGAAGCCAACCCGGAGUUGGUGGUUCUCAACCUGGAUAUGGAACUCAGCCUGGAUACGGAACACAGCCAGGAGUAGCAGGAAGCCAGCCCGGAGUUGGAGGAAGCCAACCCGGAGUUGGUGGUUCUCAACCUGGAUAUGGAACUCAGCCUGGAUACGGAACACAGCCAGGAGUAGGAGGAAGCCAGGCCGGAGUUGGAGGAAGCCAACCCGGAGUUGGUGGUUCUCAACCUGUAUAUGGAACUCAGCCUGGAUACGGAACACAGCCAGGAGUAGGAGGAAGCCAGCCCGGAGUUGGAGGAAGCCAACCCGGAGUUGGUGGUUCUCAACCUGGAUAUGGAACUCAGCCUGGAUACGGAACACAACCUGGAGUAGGAGGAAGUCAGCAAGGAGUUGGAGGAGGUCAACCAGGAAUUGGUGGCCCUCAGCCUGGAUAUGGAACUCAACCAGGAUACGGAACCGGAGCCCAGCCCGGAGUUGGAGGAAGCCAACCAGGAAUUGGUGGUUCUCAACCUGGAUAUGGAGCUCAGCCUGGAUACGGAACACAACCUGGAGUAGGAGGAAGUCAGCCCGGAGUUGGAGGAAUUGGUGGUUCUCAACCUGGAUACGGAACUCAGCCGGGAGUAGGCGGACAGGCAGGCUUGGGUGGCCGACAGCCUGGUUACGGAAGUCAGCCUGCAGUUGGUGGAUCGGCAGGAUACGGAACUCAGCCGGGAGUUGGAGGAAGCCAACCAGGAAUUGGACGGCCUCAGCCAGGUUACGGAGCUCAACCCGGUUAUGGAUCUCAACCUGGAGUUGGCGGAGCGACAGGUGCAGGAGUGGGUCAACCAGGAUACGGUGGCCAGACAGGUCAAACGGGACAGUCUGGUGUCGGCGGUCAAAUUGAUGCACCGGGGCGCUACACAGCUGGCACUGGAGUUGUUCCUGGAGCUCGUGGUGUUGGAGGCGCUGGUGGUGCUGGUGUACCAGUUGCUGCCGGCACAGGUGGAGUCGACGACGCCUUCUCCCAGGCCGAGUCAUCCAUUGGCGAUGGACAGGCCUCGGCAAGUGCUCAGGGCAAGAAGAACGGAGGCACUGCCAAGACCCAAGUGUCCGGAACAUACAGUGCGGGCGGAACCUUUAGCGCCAGCGCAAUGACAUCGGAUGCGGAUCGUGCGGCCAGUGCCCAGGUCACCGGAACUGCGGAGGGCGCCGUCAGUCAGGCCCAGGGAUCUGGGGGUCCCGCCCAGUCGCAGGCCCAGGUGCAGACGGCAAAGGACGGCGGCACGAAGGCCUCUUCGCAGAGCGGCGGCAUUAUCCAACAGAGCCAGAGCGAGGUUCAUGCCAAUGACAAGGGUGGGUUGGCUGACGCCCAGUCCAGCGGUCCUGGGCAGACCUCAUCGCAAGCCCAGAUCGGUUUUCGUCCCGGCCAGGAAGCUAAUACGCCCGCGGCCAACGGCGGCGGUCAGGCUUCGUCCUCAUCUGGUGCCCACUCUAGUCAAAGUAGCUCGCAGAUUCACGGAACUUCCAGCUACGGCGUUUCAUACCACGGUGCUGCUCAAUCCGCAUCGGGAACCAAGGAGCAGGUGGCAUCGUACAGGGAACAAAAUCGUGAGCUAUUUAACACCAUCAGUCGGUUCGGAGAUAAUGUCAAUGCAGUUACUGAUCGCGCUGAUGCUGUUUACAGUGGACCGGCGCUCACCGAUGAGUCCGACAGGCUGCCAGAACUGCAGUUGAAGUCGACCAAACCCAAGGAUGAGGCUGAUAAGGCAGAAAGGAAAGCAGACCAGCCGGAGCCCAUACAGUACGACGAUGAAGAUGAAGCCGACCCGGAUGAAUACGAAGAGGAUGAGUACUACAACGAGAAGCCAGUCAAGCUGGAGGAGAGUCCCAAGUCGGCCAGCAGUGUUAAGAAACUGGAGCCAACACCAGAGCCCAAGGCCUACGAACAGUCCUCGCCCACGCAAAUCCAAAAGGCGGUGGUGCUACCAGUUGCAGGUGAAAAGUACCAAGUGGUGCAACAGCAGAACGGUAGGGUUACCAUCAAUAGCGAACCUUCCACCACCGAGGCUAUACCACCAGGAUUCCGAGGCACUGUCAAUGUGCAAAAGAAGUUCCACACCAAGGCUCUGGAGCUGCCCACUAACAAGAGGGUGGAGAUUUCGGCCGACGCGGCUGAAGAGGGCCCGACUCGAGGGGACAAGCCCAUCGCAAGAGCUCCGGACAGCUAUGUCACCGUCACCAAGUCGGUGACUGGCAGCAUGGACAACAGCAAGAAUCCGCCGCAGGAGAACAAGAACUUCCAGUCCACAUACUUCACAAAGUCCUCGACAUGCGGCUACUUCACCUUCUCCUGCAACAUUGUUUACGGUGCCAAUGGAAGGAGUAAAAUCUGCCGACCGAAGGCACCAACCAAUGGCAAAUGCUAGGGGAUCGUUUACCACAUCCCUUUAACCCACCCAUAUUAUAGUAGAUCAGUUCCAAAGGGGCUCAAUUAUAGAACAGCUUGGCCAACUGUCAACUACAAACACCUAUUUGUGUUUCGAUGCAGCUUGGUCUUAAGCAUUUAAGUGUUUUUCGCAAUUAAUUUUAGCGUUUUACUGCCAUUUCUUAAAUAUUUUCUACGUUUUGCUACUGUAAUUAAUAUUUAAUAAUACAUCACAAAAAAAUA